UUCAAAAAAGUCUCAGUGUACACUUGUCCUUCACUGUGUUUUAAUACUUGCACAAUUUAGUAAUGGUUUCCUUGUCUGUAAAUUCAUUAAAACAGAUCAUGCGAAUGAUGGUGGACAGCCCUGGAUUUGACCGAGUUUUACAGAAGGUUGAAAUAGUCUCUGCAACCCCUGGCAGAGUUGUGUGUGAGAUGAAAGUGGAGGAGGAACACACAAACAGAGGAGGCACUCUUCACGGAGGACUGACAGCCACGCUGGUGGAUGUGAUCUCCACUACUGCCAUCAUGUACACUGAGAGAGGAGCGCCUGGAGUCAGCGUCGACAUGAAUAUAACAUACAUGAAUGCUGCUAAAAUUGGAGAAGACAUCCUGAUAACUGCACAGGUAUUAAAACAAGGACGGACUUUGGCAUUUGCAACAGUAGAUCUAACUAAUAAGGCAAAUGGAAAGCUUAUAGCUCAGGGAAGACACACCAAGCAUCUUGGCAGCUAAUUAUGUACAUGUCAUGCAAAUAACAUUUUCUUGAUGAUAUAAUAAACUCAAUCAUAAAAAUGUUUUGCACUUUUUUUAGGAUAUGUUCAGCUGUUUAUUUCAAACAAUGGGUACAAAGACAAAAUAUACACCUUUCCCUUUGCUGACUGAAAAUUUCAAAGUGGGAAAUAAAUAAUGAUUUUAUACCAUAUGACCCAACGAAGAUGGCUUACAGAUACCAAGUCCCCAAGCACUGCUAUAAUUAGUACUCAGUCACAGAACAGGGUUAUCUAUAAAAGAAAAACAGAACUAAUUAUCCAUUUUGAGAUCGCCACAAAAUUUCUUAUUAGGUACAUGAGCUUGUCUCCCAUCACAUACUCCCCACCAAAGAUUUAAUCCGUUAUCAGAAGCUUUUAUGUAUAUAGUGAUUGAUUGGUGACAAUUACCAUCUCAACACCAAGAAGAAAAAAAAUGCAUCAGAAUUCCUCCACCAGACACGAGUUUGUCAACGUUCUUAGACAUGUUUACCCCCCACACCUCCAGAUAUUAUAAAAUAUAUCAAAAUAAGGUCUGUCAUAUUAUAGGCAAGGAAUAACACAAAUUAAAUUGUCCAGCAGUACCACAGAAUGAGAAGCAAUGCUUACACCAAAUUAGUUCUACUGAUCACCUUCUAAAUAGAAGCCUUUAGAGGAAGUCUACCCAAGCCCUGUCACUGGUUGUCAUUACUCAUGAAAUCCCUAGUACUAUAAUUUCCCCAAUAAUAGAGACAAUAUAGCUAUCCCUCAUGACACUGAUGUUAAAGCCAUUCCAACACAAGAGGAACACAUUUAAGAGACAUCUGUCAUUGGUUUCCAUUUUUUUCCUUCAUAUUUUGUAGAUUUUUUUUUCCUUAACGUAGAGUUCCUUUUGUAUCUGGUAUUAUUGACGGUGCAGCUCCAAGAAAACAACCACUCAAAAUCAAUGUUCAUGGAAGUUAAAAAAAAAAAUUAAAAAAAAAUUAUCAAACAGAGGGUAAAUGAGGUGAACCAAACCAAGAUUGGUUGGAGGGGUUAAAAAAAAACUAAAUUAAU